AUGAUUGCAAGUAUGUAUGGCCCUGUCGGUAAGUUGUCUUUUCUUUAGAAAAUGGAAUCGUGGGUUUGAAGGGUGAGGAGGCAACUGCUUGAGUGUAUUUUUUUUUUCUUUUCAUCUUGAGAAAUCGCUUGAAAUGAAACUUCUUGGAAACAUACAACUGCUUUUUCAUGAGAAAUUUACUUCACUCUCAUUACCUCAUAGCCAAGCUGACUAUGUCUAAAGAAAAUAAUUUUUUUAUAUACAAAAUAUUUUCAGUUCGUAAUAAAUAUAUCAAUGAACAAAUAAAUACUUUCAUUUUUUCCUGAAUUGUCAUAGUUACAAGAAAAAUGAAUGAAAUAUUCCUGUGAGACCCUUGAUGCUUCAAUGUUCUUUUAACAAAAUGUUAUAGGACUUUUUCACUUAUCUGACUGAACUUUAACACUCCUCCUGUCCACGAAGUUUGUUGCAGAGGGACGAAAGCAUGAUGCAGGUAUGCUUGCUGAGUCUCACCUUUUGGAUGAUCUCCGUCAGUAUGCCUUCAACCUGGCUAGACAACCACUUUGUAUUUACGGGGAUCCUGCUUACCCCAUCCGUGUUCACCUUCAAUGUCCAUUUAGAAAUGGAGUUUUAACCCCACAGAUGGAAGCUUACAAUACUGCUAUGAGCUCAGUGAGAACAAGUGUGGAGUGGCUCUUCAGAGACAUAAUCAAUUACUUCAAGUUCCUGGACUUUAAAAAGAACUUAAAGUUAGGACUGAGUAGUGUGGGGAAAAUGUACAUCGUCAGUGCUAUUCUUAGAAAUGGGCUAACAUGUCUGUAUGGAAACACAACCUCAGAUGUUUUCCAGUGUAAUCCUCCCGACCUUGAAAUUUAUUUGGCAUAAGUGCUACAGUUUAGGCUAACUGUUUUGAAAAUCAUCUUUAAUAAUUCAAGCAUUAUGGUUUUAUGGUGUAAAUUAGCAACACAGCAAUGAAACCAAGAGCACUUACACAUUCUCAGAAGUUUUGCUGGAUUUAAUGAGAACUGUUGGAAACAUGUUGGGGUCACAGCAUCAGUUCUCAAGGGUGACAAACCUCAACAUACUAUGUAUACCUCAAGACUUUGAUUAUUUUUACGACACUAGAUUCUGUAAAGGCAUAUCACACUUGCACUUAGAAACUGUAUGUCAUGUAAUGAUUCAGUCUUAUAAAAAAUACUGUAGAGUUGAUCUCACAUAUGACUCCUGUUAAAAUCCUUUCGCGGUACAACCCAGGCUCAGUCCUUCGCACUUCUUUCGCCAUAUACGCCCCUUAGGUGCUCUCGCUUGAUCUGCGGGAUUGCGUUUAUAAAACAGACUUACACCAUCGAGGUAAAAAGCCACUUUGGAAAUCCACACAUCCGCAGAAUAGUUGCCCUGUACUUGUUUUGCGAAUAUCCUGCGUUUCCUUUGAUCGUUUUUAGUCAUCAGGCUCUUUUUGCGUGCUUGUAGAUAGUAAUAGCCGUUUUCAUUCAAACAUCGCCGUACAGUUCGAUCGCUUACCUUCUUCUUACUCAACCCGGCUCUCUGCAUUAACCUUUUCGCGCAAAAAUUUCCUUCCUCUUCCCUUAAAACAGGAAUACACCGCAGUAGAUGUCUUUCAUCUCGCAUAGUCAGUUUUUUCAGGCGCCCACCUGGAUGUUUUACAGGCGUUCGUGUACAAUGUUUCCGCCCUCCUAUCUUUGUUUGCUUCAACCUAUAGAUGGCAGCCGCUGAAACUCCUCUUUUGCUGCUAAUAUCCUAAACGGAGACAUUCUUAUCAUGUACUAAAUAUGCAAUGUAUGCCCGUUCCUCAGCGCUUAAAGCGCGCGUGAAAACCAUGGUCAGCGAAAAAAAUUCAAGAGCGUUCACGACUGACGAUUUGAAUACAAUGCAACGUACAAAAGACUUUUUUAGUGAUUAACUUCUGUGCAGUCACUAAUUUCUCAUCAAUUAUCUAAUUAACUGUAAAAUGUACCUAAUAUAUAAAGGAGAGGCUUAUAUAACCACGCUACAUGCGUCAAAUCCACAACUUCAGUGAAACACAAUCCCGGACAAAACUACUUGAGAAUUUUUACCCCUCCAUGCACACUAUCCAACGCAACAACACUAUUUCAACAACAACUGAUUUGCGGUACCAAAUUCCCCUUCCCCCAGGUCAAUGUUGUUUCCUACAAAUGUCUAAGGAUCAGGGUUGCUUUAGAACACACAACAACAUUGCUUCCAAGGGGGGGGGGGAAGGGAGGACGCGAUAUUGCGAGAAUGUUAGGAAAAAUGGUCUGAGAAUGUGACAUUUUCUCAACAGUUUUGUCGAAGAUUGUAGCUCUGCGGUAUGCGGUUUUUCAUUAUUUUGGCUCACGGUAUUCAGUGAAAUAAGACUGUUCACGGUAUUACGGUACCGUUUAUUUGCGCUUUCCUUUCCAUACAAUGCGCAAAACAAAACACAGUAGGACAUAAAGGUCAAUAAAAGUUAAUAUUUACAAGUCUUGAGACAUAACAGUAAAUGAUUACACCAUUUGUGGGUCAUUUUGAGACAGUUAAUGGUCGAUAAUAUACAACAUGAUUGUUGUUGCAUCCAAUAACAAUGAGUCGUCUCGAGUUACCUUACCAGGCUUUUCGAUCUGUGAACCUGUGCCGGUAAUUCAAGGACCUACACGUUUUCUCACAAUGGCCGAGGUUGCUGAGGUUGAAGACGGCGUGGUCAUCAUUGACUGUGUGGCAAUCGUUUGUGAAGAGGUCGAAGGAGGCGAACAUUAUCGCGACAAGAAUAAGUUUAGAUGUCGGGUUUCGAGAAUUGAAAAACACCUUGUAAAGUUAAACGAGAAAAUCUGGUAAGUUUGCCUCUUACCGGCGCGGCGUGUGAGAAGGUCGAGAUAGUUAACCUUGUGAGAGACUGGCGUGCUAGACUAGACCCACUUAUCAAAACUCGCUCUAGACGUGCUUAAAAAGGGUUUUGGUUGGUUUGUUUUUCGCGCUUUCAAGAGUUAUUUUCAGUGGAGUUAAUUAAUUAGCUGUUGGGUCGAUCUACCAAAAGGUUGAACGAAUGUAGUUUACUUUUCAGUGAAAAUUUGCGAACUAGCAAAAUAUUACAAAAUCAUGGAAAUCUGGUGCGUAAAUGCCUGGGAUAAUUAAACGCGCUACAUGGUAACAACCAUAAGUAUGGGGAACCGACUAUAAAUGUGAUUAAAAUAUGCGGUAUUGGUAUUUCGACGAUUUUCGACCCGGUAUUUCGGUAUUUGCCAUUUUUUCUUAUGGUAUUGCGGUAUUGGGUUCCCCCCAAUGUCCCCCUCUUUACAGCCUACAAAACCUGGACUUGCCGUGUGACUUGUAUCCACGUUUCGACCUCCAAAACCUGACUGAAGAUGAAUGUUUGGCCGAAUUUCGGUUCAGGAAAACUGAUAUCCCAAGGCUUUCUCAGGCUUUGCGGAUUCCUGAUGUUAUAAUUUGUCACCAAGGGACAAUUUGCGAAGGAACUGAAGGACUAUGCAUGCUUUUGAAGCGGUUGUGCUACCCUUGCCAAUACAGCGAUAUGGUCCACUUGUUCGCUAAGCCGGUUCCUGUAUUGUGUAUGAUUACAAAUCAAGUUUUGGAUUAUAUCUAUCAAGCUCACGGCCACCGCAUUCUGCAGUAGAAUCAUCAGCAACUAAGCCAAGCCAAUCUUGAAAGAUUUGCCGAAGUUGUUCACCGAAAAGGAGCCCUACUUAAUAAUGUUUUGCUUUUGUUGAUGGGACAGUUCGCGCUAUUUAUAGGCCCGGCACUGUCAACCAGAGGUUGCUUUACAAUGGACACAAACGUGUCCAUGGAAUCAAGUUUCAGUCUGUUGUUACCCCAGAGGGAAUGAUUGCAAGUAUGUAUGGCCCUGUCGGUAAGUUGUCUUUUCUUUAGAAAAUGGAAUCGUGGGUUUGAAGGGUGAGGAGGCAACUGCUUGAGUGUAUUUUUUUUUUCUUUUCAUCUUGAGAAAUCGCUUGAAAUGAAACUUCUUGGAAACAUACAACUGCUUUUUCAUGAGAAAUUUACUUCACUCUCAUUACCUCAUAGCCAAGCUGACUAUGUCUAAAGAAAAUAAUUUUUUUAUAUACAAAAUAUUUUCAGUUCGUAAUAAAUAUAUCAAUGAACAAAUAAAUACUUUCAUUUUUUCCUGAAUUGUCAUAGUUACAAGAAAAAUGAAUGAAAUAUUCCUGUGAGACCCUUGAUGCUUCAAUGUUCUUUUAACAAAAUGUUAUAGGACUUUUUCACUUAUCUGACUGAACUUUAACACUCCUCCUGUCCACGAAGUUUGUUGCAGAGGGACGAAAGCAUGAUGCAGGUAUGCUUGCUGAGUCUCACCUUUUGGAUGAUCUCCGUCAGUAUGCCUUCAACCUGGCUAGACAACCACUUUGUAUUUACGGGGAUCCUGCUUACCCCAUCCGUGUUCACCUUCAAUGUCCAUUUAGAAAUGGAGUUUUAACCCCACAGAUGGAAGCUUACAAUACUGCUAUGAGCUCAGUGAGAACAAGUGUGGAGUGGCUCUUCAGAGACAUAAUCAAUUACUUCAAGUUCCUGGACUUUAAAAAGAACUUAAAGUUAGGACUGAGUAGUGUGGGGAAAAUGUACAUCGUCAGUGCUAUUCUUAGAAAUGGGCUAACAUGUCUGUAUGGAAACACAACCUCAGAUGUUUUCCAGUGUAAUCCUCCCGACCUUGAAAUUUAUUUGGCAUAA